CUUCGGGCUCAGACUUGGCCCUUCCAGGGCCCCGCUGUGCUACACUCAGUCCCGCACACGCCACCACCGAGCCCAGAGCAGACGCCGGAGCCCCCGAGAUACUCCUUCCAUCUUUGGAACACACCAGUAAUUCACUGAUAACAGGAAGUUAUGAGGGACCCCGUGAGUAGCCAGUACAGCUCCUUUCUUUUCUGGAGGAUGCCCAUUCCAGAACUGGAUCUGUCGGAGCUGGAAGGCCUGGGUCUGUCAGAUACAUCCAUCUACAAGAUCAAAGACAGCAGCGCUGGCAAAAUGACCGGGCAAGCAACUGGAGAACAGGAGAAAAACUCCGAAGGCGAUGCCCUCCUUGAAUACAGCACCUUCAACUUCUGGAGAGCUCCCAUUGCUAGUAUCCACUCCUUUGAAUUGGACUUGCUUUAAGCCCAAGACUUCUCUCUCCCACCACCUUGCCCUCACCGUCUUCCCUUUCAAGCCCCUUCCUUUCCACCCUUUUCUCCUAUUAAUCUUGCUCUCUCCCCUCUAUUGUGUUGAGGUGGUGCUGAUGAAUCUGCCAGAGUUGUGUUGUAUUUAUUUAUUUAUUUAUUUAUUUAUUUAUUUAUUUAUUUAUCUCUCUCUCUCUCUAUCUUAUCAGUUUCUCUCAAAAGCCCUUAAGCCACAAAGAACAGGGUUCAAGCAAUGGAGUACUGGAUCACAGGGAUUCCUUCUUUCCCCUCCCCAGAUACUAAUUCCAGAUAACAGGCCUGGUGGGGGCACCAGAGAGUAGUACAGUGGUACAAAAUGGAGGACCGAUUUUCUACUUCAUUUUAAUCAGCAUUAGAGAUUGCUCAAACCUAAUUUCCUGCUCCGUAUCAGUAAACACAAAUCUUUCUUCCAGAGUUGAUGAAAACCUUAGAAGUUUUAAUUUGAGAUUAUCUGCUACAAGACAGUAGGAUUUCUAAAAGGCUAAGGUGAUAAGUCUCUUGCUAUUUGAUCCUGCUCCUUGUAAUACACUUUUUCGCAGAGAAAUUGGGGGUAGUUAAAAGUAUAAAACAAGAGGAAAUAAUACAUCAUGGAAAAUUAAAAUAAGGGAAAGCAUUGAAUCAUUUCAGAAAUAACCACAUUCUCAAAAGGGUGUUCCUCCUUCAAGCCUACUCACUUUAUAACUUUGCUCCUAACAGAAAACUCUGAGGAAAAUGACUCCAAUUUCAAUUCUUAAGAUGCAAUCUUACUGAAUACUAUGAUAAUUUGUAAGGUUUUGAUUCUGUUUCUAAAAGGCAUAGGGUUUGGCCUUUAGUGUUUCAGUCUUGCCCUUCAUUUGCAAUGUAUAAUACUCAUCAGCGGGCCUCAGGCACAGUUCUUCAGCUACCUUGAGACCAUGAAAUAAUCACAUUAUAACCCUACACCUUGUCCCCCCAUUCCUUCCAAAAUUAUUGCUGAUUUGUGCUGCCAUUUACUCAUUUCUUUAAUAAAGACAUUCAAUCCCA